AUGGAGCGACAGAAAGUGGACAUGUCCCACAUGGAGACCAAGGACCAGGAACAGCAGCUGUUGGGAGACAACAAGGAGCAACAACAGGGCGAGGAGAACCACGACAAUGAAGCUGGUCUUGGGCCAGCUAGUGCCAACUGCCAAAUGAUACUAGAAGGGAAGUCAGGAUCCUACUUUUCCUCUCUGGACUCGAGCAUUGAGAUCUUGAAGAAGAGAGCUCAGGAGCUCAUCCAAAACAUCAACGAGAGCAGGCAAAAGGACCAGGCAUUCAUGGCCAACUUCAAGGACAGCCUAAAGGUUAAGGUUUCAGAUCUGACUGAGAAGUUAGAAGACAGGAUGUAUCAGAUUUACAGUCACCACAGCAAGAUAAUUCAGGAAAAGGUCCAAGAGUUCACUGAGAAAAUGGCAAAGAUCAGCUCUUUGGAAACAGAGCUCAAACAAGUGUGCCACACCAUGGAGACCAUGUACAAAGACUUGUGUUUCCAGCCUGAGGUAGGACGACUUUUGGGUGUGUGGGGGCCUGACUGCUCUGGGGGAAAAUUCCCACCACAUCCCAGUGACCCACAGCCCCCAGACCUUUUGGUUUCUGCUUUGUCUGAAACUGCUUCUCAGGUGGUUACAAGGCACUACCCCUCAGAAGACACAGGGUCAGAGGGCACAGAAGAAACUCUGGUAUGA